CAAAUUUAAGCUCCGGCUCUGUAAUUAGGGGCUUGGCUGAUGGGUUUGAUGGGGCCUCCUCUGACACCCGGGGUGAUGUGGAUUCCCCAGUAGGGGCGAAAAGGCAGAAAUCCCGACCGGCCCGAAGGAAACGCACCCGGCGCAAGGAAAACUGCAGACAAAAUGCUAGCAGAGCGGAGCCAGAGCAUCAUGAAGCACCCUGAGACCCCACGGCCCUGAAACACCCGUCGCCGCAGGGAGGACCCUCCGGAAACCACACGAAAAAAUAAAAUGAGGCUCUUCCGGAGACGUUACAGCCCCUUGAAGGUGGCUUUGGCAGGUGCCGUCUUCGUCAUCUUCCUCUUCAUCCUGCAGAAGGAUGUGGGGAACAAGGACCCGAGCGAGGAGCCCUGGCUGAAAAACAUCGUCCAGGGGAAGGACCAAGUCCUGGACCUGAUGCUGGGGGCCGUCAACAACAUCCGAGACUCGAUGCCGAAGCUGCAGAUCGGGGCUCCGGUUCGGCAGGAGGAACCUCUGCCCAGCGCCCGCUCCUGCCCCCCCGGCGUCUACACGGCUGCAGAGCUUCGGCCGCUGAUGGAGAGACCCCCCCAAGACCCCGCCAGCCCCGGAGCCGAUGGCAAAGCCUUCAAAAAGGAUCGCUGGACGCCAGAGGAGACGAAGGAGAAGGAGCGAGGUUACGAGAAGCAUUGCUUCAACGCCUUCGCCAGCGACCGCAUCUCCCUCCAGCGAGCGCUGGGACCCGACAGCCGCCCGCCGGAGUGCAUCGACCAGAAAUUCAAGCGGUGCCCCCCCCUGCCCACCACCAGCGUCGUCAUCGUCUUUCAUAACGAAGCUUGGUCCACGCUGCUGCGGACGGUGUACAGCGUCCUGCACGCCUCCCCGGCCCUCCUGCUCAAGGAGAUCAUCUUGGUGGACGACGCCAGCACCGACGACUACCUGAAGGAUGAGCUGGAUCGUUACGUGGAGCAGCUCCAGAUCGUGCGCGUCGUGCGGCAGAAGGAGCGGAAAGGGCUGAUCACAGCACGGCUGCUGGGGGCCAGCGUGGCCAGCGGGGAGGUCCUCACCUUCCUGGAUGCCCACUGUGAGUACCCACCACCUCCCAGGGUCCCCAGGGAGCCAGUGAGGGGGGUGAAGUCGUCCCCAUUCAACGGCCAAACCCUCCCCGAUGUCCCAGGCGAGUGUUUCCACGGCUGGCUGGAGCCCCUCUUAUCCCGCAUUGCCGAAGAGCCCACGGCCGUCGUAAGCCCUGACAUUGCCACCAUCGAUCUCAACACCUUCGAGUUCUCCAAGCCCAUCCAGAACGGCAAACAGCACAGCCGGGGCAACUUCGACUGGAGCCUGACUUUUGGCUGGGAGAUCGUCCCGCCCCAGGAGAGGCAGCAGAGAAAGGAUGAGACCUUCCCCAUCAAGUCCCCGACCUUCGCCGGUGGCCUCUUUGCCAUCUCCAGGUCCUACUUCGAGCACAUCGGCUCCUACGACGAUCAGAUGGAGAUCUGGGGGGGUGAGAACGUGGAGAUGUCCUUCAGGGUCUGGCAGUGCGGGGGACAAGUCGAGAUCAUCCCUUGCUCCGUGGUGGGUCACGUCUUCCGCUCCAAGAGCCCCCACACCUUCCCCAAGGGCACCCAGGUCAUCUCCAGGAACCAAGUCCGCCUGGCUGAGGUCUGGAUGGACGACUACAAGGAGAUCUUCUACCGGAGGAACCAGCAAGCUGCGCAGAUGGCCAGAGAGAAGACGUAUGGUGACAUUACAGACCGGCGCAAGCUGAGGGAGCGGCUCCACUGCAAGAACUUCACCUGGUACCUCCAGACCGUCUACCCGGAGAUGUUCGUCCCUGACCUGACACCAACCUUUUACGGAGCGAUAAAAAACGAGGGCACCAAGAGCUGCCUGGACGUUGGUGAGAACAACCAUGGUGGAAAACCGCUCAUCAUGUACCCCUGCCAUGGGAUGGGGGGGAACCAGUAUUUUGAGUACACAAGCCAGCGGGAGCUGCGGCACAACAUCGGGAAGGAGCUCUGCCUGCAGGCAGGCUCAGGCUCGGCUGAACUGGGCAACUGCCAGUACCGGGGGAAGCCUGGGAGGGUGCCGGCCAACGAGGAGUGGGACCUGACACAGGACCAGCUGAUUAGAAACCCAGCCUCCGGUAUGUGCCUGACAGCACGAGCGAAGCACCCGGCAAUGGUUCCCUGCAACCCAGCAGACCCCCACCAGCUCUGGUCCUUCACCUAGCGGGGGGAGCAGCACCCGAGCCCCCCAGCCAUCCCCAGUCACGCUCAGGAAACCAGAAUCCAAAAAAAAAAGAAAAACACUUCCUUUUUUUUUUUUAAUUUAAAAAGCAGAAGCCUUAAAUAUGCUGCAUUUCACGGUUGCCUUGAACUCAGUCCCGUGCCUUUGGAGCAGGGAAGCCAAGCUCAGCCCAAGGAUGCUCUUCGGGACCCGGCUGCGGCUCAUCCUUCCCCCACCCCCAGCUCCAACCAGAGACUCUAAAUUCAUAUCGGGCACUGAAAACCACAGCUGCACCACCCCACACACGAAAGCUGGGUGGUAAGCUCCAACCAGCGAGGAGGAGGAUGGUGACCAGCCGUGCAGCUCAUCCCGCGGGGGGGUGCCUCACAACAGUAGAUGCCAAUCUCUUCCACAACACCCACAUCCUCAGAAGUGCUGUGACAGUCCACUCACCUGCGCCACACCGAUUCCAGAGUCAGAGGCUGCAGCAACAAUUAUUUACGGGACCUGACACCAACAAACACAAAAUCACCAUUGCGCCUGUGCGGAAUCACCAGUCCCGUGCUCCUCCUCAACACUACCCGGUUCACCUCACAUGCAAGGACUAGAACAGAGCAGACCUCAUCGACACUCAAAUCCAAAUGCAAAGACUGAUGAACCUGCCUCCCUUUCCUAGCCAUCCCCCAUCCCAGAACUUUAGAAACCCCUUCUGUUCUCCGCAACUGUCAAGGAGGGAACCCCAGUUCUUCCCAACAGCUCCCAUUCCGUAUUUGCAACCCUGAAGCCCCUGCGUCGGCUGCUCCUCAGGAGCUGCUCUUCCAAGUCGUGCCCUGCAUUUUGUGGGCACCGCCUGUCUUCUGUCUUCCCACGGACUCUGGGCCCUGCUACAGACCCAUAAAAUAAGUGAUGCCCUGACGCAAUCCUUAAGGGCCCUGCCACAAGCUGCAAAAGCUCCAGGGACACCGCGGUACUCUGUGGGCUACAGGGAAAGGUGAGGAGGCAUCCCAUGCCCUGAACGACACUACGCCUUACGUCCCUGCUGCUUUUUUGGGAAAUGCUGAACUGCCAUAUACAGAUGCAUACAAGAUGCUCACCCUAAGCCCUGCUAGAUAAUCUCAUCAUCUAGACAAUUAAGAUAAAUCAUAUCAGCAACUUAUAUAAUAUACCAGCAAAACUGGUAAAAGAAACACAGUUCCAUCUUCAAUAAAAUCAGGAAUUCUAGGAAAAUGCAGUGCUCCUGAAAUAAUGAAAAGCGUACUAUUAGACUAUCUGGGCACCCCUGAACGCUCAUUACAAAAUUACUGACCUGAAAAAAAAAAAAAAGAGCGCAGCAUCCAAGGUGACUUUCUACUCUACAGGCUGCCGGACACUAACUGGUCCUGAAGGACUUACCCCAAACC